AUGGCGACGCCGCCGCCGCCGAAACCGUGGCGCGCGGCGGCGGGCGCGGGCGAGACGGCGGUGAAGUCCACGCCGGUGGCCGACGGAAGCGCGGUGAAACCGUGGGAUAAGCCGGGGGCGGGACAGACGCCGAGCGCGCCCGUGGCGACGGUGAAUAAUCCGACGGGAACGACGGCGACGCCGGAGAGUCGAGCGUGGGAGACGACGAAUCGAGGGACGUCGCACGGGGCGUCGCCGAGCGGGUACGCGGGGACGACGUACGGAGGCGCGCCGUACGGCGGAAAUUCGAUGUACGGAGGGUAUCGGGGAGGCGCGUACGGAAAUUCGAUGUACGGCGGCGGGUACGGAGGGUACGGCGGCGGGAUGUACGGCGGCGGGAUGUACGGCGGCGGGUACGGCGGCGGGAUGUACGGCGGCGGGUACGGCGGCGGGUACGGCGGCGGGAUGUACGGCGGGUACGGCGGCGGGAUGUACGGCGGGCACGGCGGCGGGAUGUACGGCGGCGGGAUGUACGGGCAGCCACCCAUGGGACCGUAUGGGCCCGGUGGUCCACCGCCCGGCGCGCCGCCGUUGACGGGUUGGCAGGCGCUCAUGCACUCUUUGUCGUCCGUCGUGCACUUGUUUGGGAAGAUUUCCUUUCUCGUCGACGAAAACACGCAGGCGUUGCAUUUUUUCAUCAUGUCGCUGUUGCAGCUCCUAGACCGCGGCGGGCAUUUGUACGGAGAGAUGUCACGCAUUUUACUCAAGGCUAUGGGAUAUCCCGUGCCCCCACGUCCGCCGCAGCAGUUCGGUCCUCCGGGCGGGCCGGGCGGGUUCGACAAUCGCGGCGCGCCCGGAGCCGCCUCCUUCGGCGACGCCUGGGGAAGUGGCGAUUAA